CGCGCUUCAUUUUAUGCGAAUCUGUCAGUGCCUGCGGCCGCAAACCAAGACAAUGCUUCUCUAGUUCUCCCAACUCCGGAAGGCCAAGAUAUCUGGUGAUGAGCUGGCCAUCACUGACGCCGUGCUCAAACCAAGGAUGAUGACGACUCUUCUGUGGCGCAAUCUUGGCAAAUCCCAUCUGACAUGUCCCCUCAUUUCAUCCUGAACGCGUCGUUGGACAGUCAGCUUGAGCAAGCUCGAACUCAUCGUCAUGGUUAAUCGCGGAGGUCGCAGUAAAGCGUGUAGGACAUGCAAGCGAAGACGCGUAAAAUGCGAUCACGGCAAGCCGAACUGUCAGCGAUGCGAGAAAGCAGGGAUAGCUUGUGAAGGCUAUGUCACGUACGGCGAGUUUGUUGAUGAGACGACGCGAUUCGCGAAAGAUAAAUCGCCUUUGAACGACAGCCAGCUCCAGGUUCAACCUGCCAGUCCGUCUGCUAAGGCCACUGAACGACAGAUCUGGCGUCCGCCGCCACUGUUACUGGAUCAAGAUGCCGUAAUUCAUGCUCACCUACUAUCGCGGAUCGAUGAAGUUACGCCCUUGAUGGCCAAUCUCGAAUCCAUCACAUUGUCGGAUUCGACACGUUCUCUUGCAGUGAGAGCACUAGCAGCCGUGUACUUUGGCAAAACGAACAGUGAUAAGAGGAUCUUUGACCUAGGCAGCAGGGAGUAUGUAAAGGCCUUGAACAGAGUGCAACUUGACCUGGCGAGUUCAACCGCCGUUCUCGAGUGGGACACGCUUGCCAGUGUAAUUUGUUUGUGUAUGUUUGAGAACAUCGUCUUUACGGAUAAGACGGGAUGGCUGAAGCACUACGAGGGAAUAACCCAGUUGGUCAAGCUGAGAGGGCCAUGGAGACACCAAACAGUCCUGGAAAGGGAACUCCUCAGACAGUGCCGGUUUGAGAUAAUAUUGUGCGCACUUAUAAAUAGAAAGCAUUGCUAUCUCACACUUCCAGAGUGGCAGACAGUCCCCUGGCCAUCGACUGUACCAAAGACGGCUAGUGAUGCCCUACACGAUAUCUUUGCCCGCGUCCCCGGCCAGUUGCAUGACAUGGAUCGUGUACAAAGAGGCGAAGUUGACAACGAGUUCUUUGAAGAACUUCGGCAACGAGUCGAGACUACAUUGUCGGAUCUAGAAGACUGGGAGCAGUUCUAUCAGCACCCUCGGCCUCUCACUGGCUCUCCUCUCACUUCAACACAAGACAGCACUUCGCAUCCGGUCAGACACAAAGCACUUCUUGCGUUACAAAGAGCAAUAAUACUCUGCAUGACAGGCCUCUGCACCUUCUUCAACAUUCCUCUAGUGGCCGAAAUUCCAUCUAUUCUCGAAGAUCGAAAAGUAGUCAGGAAAGCAAUUGCCACUGAGAUAUGCCAGCUAGCAGCAUCGUGUCUUGGACACGAGUCUCACAGCACUGAGUCCUUAUUAUUCAUAUUCCCGCUGCAAAUAGCAAGUAUGAACUUCGAAACGGGCAGUGCAGAGGAGAAAGGGGCUGAAAAGAUCAUGAAUGGAGUCAUUGCUGGGACGCAUGGAUUUGAGAUCGGGAGAAGAAGAGAAUGGAAGGCAUCGAGCGUAAUUCUAAUCAAGUGAUACGACAUCUAUAUAGCGAUAUAAAGGAAGAAAUCUAAAUAGUUCGAAUCAUG